CAGGGCCAAACCGACCAGUUGAUUAAGCGGCGUGUUAGGUGGGGUGCCAUCCGUGACUGCUCUGCUCUGCCGGCCACCUACCGGGAUCCCCUCCGCAGCUGCUCUCCCGGUCUUGGAUCUCGCCGGUCGCCACACCGUGCUUGCCAGCAGCAGAAGAGAAGCGAUCCAGGCGCUAUGGCCGAGGCGGCGGCGGCGGCGAGCACAAGGAAGCUGUACGGGUACGAGCUGUCGUCCAACUCGGUGCGCAUCGCGGCGCUGCUCAACGAGAAGGGGCUCGACUACGAGCUCGUCGACGUCGACGACACCAAGGCGCCCGAGUUCCUCGCCAUCAACCCCUUGGGCCAGGUCCCGGCGUUCCAGGACGGCGACGACAUCCUCUUCGAGUCGCGCGCCAUAAGCCGGUACAUCGCGGCCAAGUACCGGUCCUCGGGCACGGACCUGCUGCCGGCGGCGCCGUCGGCGAAGCUGGAGGUGUGGCUGGAGGUGGAGUCGCACCACUUCUACCCGGCCGUGGCCGACCUGGUGUACGAGCUCCGCGUCAGGCCCCGGCUGCCGGGCGGCGCGGCGCCUGACCCGGCCGUGGUUGACGCGCUCGCCCGCAAGGUCGCCGACGUGCUCGACGUCUACGACGCCCACCUCGCCGCCGGGAACAGGUACCUCGCCGGCGACGCGUUCACCCUCGCCGACGUGAACCACAUGGCGCAGCUGUUCGUCAUGAGCCGGACGCCCCGGGCGGCGGAGCUGGUCGCGGCCAGGCCGAACGUGCAGGCGUGGUGGGACGAGAUCUCCGCCCGCCCCGCCUGGAAGAAGACCGUCGCCGCGCUCCCCCUCCCGCCGGCUUGACGGACGCGCCGGUACAGGCACCGCUGCCCGGGCGUGGAAUAAAAGCGUGAUGUUUUGUUUUUAGCAGGAGCAAAUUAUCAAAUUCACCAGGAAUGUUGUUGAUGUAAGUGACAUACUGCUCUGGUAUGAACUGAGUGAAUUACACAAAACCA